AUGCCAGGGCUUGAAGAAAACAAUACAGCAGCAAUGAGCGUUGUUGACUCCGAUGACUCCGUCAAAGCAAUGAUCCAGCAUCUUGCCAGAGACAACCAGCACAAGCUUGUGAAGCCAUAUUACUUGUACCUCGACUACGACUAUGAUCUUCCUUCAACAAACACAACCGCCGAUGAGCAAUUUGUUCAGAUCCGUAAUGCUCGUAAACUGGGCAUUUCCUCGAGAGAGAUGUUCUCCAAAUGUGGCUUUGCUCAGCUGCAUCUAACUUGUCCUUUGACACCUGAGGAGUAUUGGUAUAACGAGAAAGUGGAAAAAAUCUUAUAUCCUAAAUACAAAUCAAUUGCCCGGUUUUUGUUCCCCAAUGCUGUGCGAGUUGAAGUCCUAGAGCACGCAGUUCGGAAACGUCACCCGCGUUGGAUGUCUGAGAAUAUAGAACGAAACCAUCUCAAGACAAAUCAACCGAGUGAUUAUAUACACAUUGACUAUGAAUCGCAGACCACUGCCAUGGAUGUCGUUACUCAUAAUUUCGCUAACGAAAAUGCUCGAGUAUACUUCGAUGAGAAGCACGAAUGGUACUACUGGCACGGCUUACAAGUUGACGAGGUAAUUGCCUUUGUACAGGCUGAUUCAGCAGCAGAGAACAAAGCAGGAGUUCCCCAUACCGCUUUUCAAGAUCCCCGGAUCAAUGACAAUAAGCAAUUGCGGGAGAGCAUUGAGGCUAGAGUCUUUGUUUAUUUUGACUGA